AUGACAGACCUUGAUCCCCGGAUGCUGAACGAACAAAUGCGGACUAGUGUUGUGAAGAAAGCCCUGGAAGCCGAUAGUAUCAUAUACGACGCAGGAGUCAAUCAUGGAGACAUGCAUCCCCGCAACAUCGUCAUUGUCGGAUUUCGGAGCGAUUUAGAAGAUGGUGCGCCGAAGGAGGCUAUCAUCAAGGUGAUCGACUUCAACGUCGCCCAUGUCCGUUUCCACCCCAUGAAUAAAGAUCUAGAAAUCGAACGCAUAAUCCAGAAAGAACGUGAGGGAUGGUUCCCCAAACUCCCUUCUCCACUGUUGCGGUUCUAUCAUUCACUAGAUGGUUUUGUAUGGGAAGGCUGGUGCCCCAACGAUGAUCCGGACUCAGAUCAUGAAGGUUCGUCAUUGUGGCUAUGGAAUCAGUUCAAGGACGACGACCGUUACAUUCCCGUCAUCUGGGAUCGUACCAAUCCUUGGAAGUCGCCUAGAUACGUCGAGCUUGAGAACACGUCCCACGACAACUCCAACCUCGGCACCAAGAUCGAUGGAAAUGAUGAUGUUAAGGUCCAUGGAGAAGAUGGCAUCGACAUCGAGAUGGGAGAAACAGAAGAGGGUGUAUGGGACGAUUGGUAG